AUGGCUUCCCACACCAAAAAGGACGACAACUGCUUGGAAUGCCGCUGGGAGACCUUCAACCUGGACGGGAAAGACUCGGAGAAUUCCCCGGAGACCCAUCAGCCGUCGCAAUGGCAUUGCGACGACAGCAAUGACCACUCUGCAUCUGCCCACUGUGACCUCGACGAUGCCUGUUGUGAUCUCGAUGAUUGUUCUGUAACCUGUCCGUCGGUCUGCGAUGGCUUCGUUUGCGACGAGGCCACCGCGUGCUCCGUGCCUCAUUGUGAUGACAGCUGCGAGGAUGAUCACUGCAAGGAUGCCGAGCCUACAUCACAGGAUCAUCUGGUGAAACCAGCGGGAAACCAUCCCCACGGGAUUGUCGAACCACCGGCCCCCACGGACGCUCUCUUUACGCCGUUCCCAACGGCGGUCACGCAUUGCCAUCCUCAGACCUUCAACCACCUCCACUGCCAUGACUUUCCCAAAGAGCUCCAUAGUCAUCUCUUGGAUCCCUCAUUCCCCGCGCAGAACAAUGUGAACCCGGCAGACGUGUUUCACAUCCUGGGCAUGUGCCCGGACCUAACGGCGGAUCCAACGUUAUUCACGCACGAGGGUCAGAACGGUCACCACCACCUGCAUAAACCUAAUCCAGAUGUCCCUACGGCAUCGCCGUCUUGCUUCCAUAUGCCGCACUUCAGCAUGAACGACAUCAUAAAAGCGCCCGCCUACCAGAGCGGUCGCGGCCCCUGUCGCUCCCACCAUCGGUGCAAAACGCAUGCGCAUCAGCAUGUUCAUCCAUAUGGACAUUACUCCCCUUAUGCGCGUCAGUCCCGCUCUAGCAUUAGUUCGCAAUUCAUGUCCAGUCCGGGAGAGACCCCUCCCCCACUGGAGGGCGGUACCUCGUCUGUCCUGACCAGUCCGGAGUACAAUCCAACAGACGCCGAGCUGCAUGUUUGCAAAUGGACUACCACAGUCCACGGAAUAAAGACCACGUGUGGUGCCACUUUUCCGGAUUCCUGCUCUUUGCAGGAGCACCUGGUUGCGCGACACAUGACGACGGUUGACGGCGCCAAGGGCACAGGAUACUACUGUUGCUGGGAAGGCUGUCAUCGGCCGGAUGAACCUUUCUCGCAGAAGUCCAAACUUCAAGGCCAUUUUCUGACUCAUAGCAACUACAAAAACUUCAAAUGCACCGUCUGUGGGAAGAUGUUCGCCCGACAGGCCACGCUUGAACGACAUGAGCGCAGCCACCGCGGGGAGAAGCCCUAUAAAUGCUCCGAGUGUGGAAAGACGUUUACCGACAGCAGUGAAUUGACUAACUUGUCAGAAACACAUUCUCGCACGCACACAGGAGAAAAGCCAUUCAAGUGCACAUUUCCCGGGUGUAACUUCCAAACAGGAGAUUCCUCGAACAUGUCUAGUCACCGUCUAAGCACUAACCUGCGCAGCACACGGCGAACGGAGACACAAAUGCACAUUCCCUGGCUGCACGAAGAGUUUUACUAG